UAAAAUAUUCACAUGAAAUGAGACUUUCGGCAUGGCGGGAACAAUUCGACAGCUGUCCACUUAUCACCAUGAGCCUACACAGUCCACAAGUGCGUUGAUUGCUGACAUCAACGUGCAGUUGGCCCUAUUCCGAGACCUUCUGAUACACAUCGGUCAGCCAACCGACUGUCCCGAGCUUCGGGAACGAGUGCGCCGCUUACGAAGAACGUGCGUCGAAGCGACCAAACAAACUUGUCAAUUAGUGCUUCCUACGUGUAAAAAAACGAGUGGUGAACGCGACGGCUGUGCUGAACAGCCACAAUUGGUGCUAUUAUACUUCAUGUCUCAACAGCUACUUCGGGAGCUUGCCAAGUGUCACAGACUCGUGCAGCUCAUGCCAAUAGAUAUGAGCUCUUAUUACGAAAACCGCGCCGGUCCAUCCAACUUUGGCAACGUGAUAAGCCAGAUACUGCUUUGUAAGCAGAUCACACCAGAUUUCAAUCAGGAGGAGCUGUGCAGCAUCGCCAAAGACACUCAGGAGAUCACCAGAAUAUUUAGCGACAUCCAGGAGUACCUUCCGCAGCAUGAAAGUUUAAAUCAAUUAGAAAGCAGUAUUGCACUAAAAGGUGAUGAAGUUAGCGGACUCUGGAGGAACAAGAGAAGAGGAUCUCUAUACAAAAGCAUGGGAGUCCUGUGCUGUGUGUCGCGACCAAAUUAUCUCUGAUCUCGGCGUGCUUCGCUUUCUCUUGAAGACAUUCAUCAGAAAUGCGAAGACACUCCAGUGACGUUGAAGGAACUCAACUCAAAGUGUUCAUAGACAUUUAAGUGCUGGCCGGAUUGAAAUGUAGAGUAGAAAUAAAU